AUGGAAGAGAUCAUCGACCAAUUCACGCUCACCAAAAAUGACUUAGAAACUAUCGUCGAUAAGAUAGUAGCUGAGUUAGACGACGGUUUAAAGGGUAAAACAAGCUCUUUGAAGAUGUUGCCCACGUACGCGCCGAUACCCACUGGCAAAGAGGUUGGAACUUAUAUGGGAAUUGACGUCGGAGGAACCAACUUGAGAGUCUUGUUACUUGACUUACCAGAAGCUGGUGUUCGUGGUGAGCUUAAGUCUGUUGAGUGUGUUAUGCCAAAGACCUCCACGACACGUGCUGAGUUCUUUGGGUUCAUUGCUAAGAAGAUCAAAGAGUUUGUCGACGACAACGGACUCACACACAAACAGAUAAGUGCUGGUCUCACGUUUUCAUUUGCUGUUGAACAGAUUGCCAUCAACAAAGGUAUUCAAGUUGGUUGGUCUAAAGGGUGGGAUAUUAAAGAGUCCAUUGGACAAGACAUCGUCCAAAUCUUCCAUGAAGAAUUGCUUGCUAAAGGAGUCAACAAUGUUAAAAUAGUUGCUUUCAUCAAUGACACUGUCGGCACAUUUGCCAAUUUGGCAUAUGACGAUCCAUCCUGUGGAAUGGGUCUUAUCUUUGGAACUGGGACGAAUGGAUGUUACAUAGAAAAGACUUCAAACUUUGCGCCAGAGAAGUUGAAGAGUGAGUGUAAGGAAGAAUAUAUGGUAGUCAACACGGAGUGGGGAGGACUCAAUUUCAAAGAGUUGAAGUAUAACAAAUUUGAUGAUAUGAUUGAUGAAGUGUCUGUGAAUAAGGGACUUCACCGAUAUGAGAAACUGAUCUCUGGUAUUUAUAUGGGUUGGUUGGCUCGACUUUGCAUAAGAGAGUUGAUCAAGAAGAAAGUCAUCUUCCCGAAUCACUUGAACGCCGAAGCGUUCUCUGAUACUCCCGACGAUACCAACUUUGAUGAUGUCAAGAAAUUCUCAUCAAGACACACUGAGGUCAUUGAAGAUACUACUUUGGAGCUCAAGAGAAUAGAAGCGAUCUUAAUCAAAUUGGGUAUCACUGAUUCGACUCUUAAAGAGAGAGAAGUGUUAAAGAAAGUGACAGAAGCUGUUGUUAAGAGAGCUGGAUACUUAUCUGCAGCUGCCACUGCUGCUCUUUGCCGUAAGAUGCGCCCAUACUUAUCAGACAGAUUCACUGCUGGUAUUGAUGGGACUGUCUUUGAGAAGUCUGUACCAUUCAAGAGAUACUAUCUUGAAGGCUUAAACUUAUUGCAACCAGUCGACAAAGUCACGUGCCAACUUAGUAAGGAUGGGUCUGGGCUCGGAGCUGUUAUCAUUGCUGCCGCAGUUGCUUGCAAACAAUAA